UGGACGGAUGUGCAGUUUAGUACCCUGUCUCGUGGAUAAGAAUGACACAUUAAUGAAGUGAUUGUUAACUUUGUCACUGUGGACUCAAGUUCCCAUGAUGCUCAGCCAACCUGGAGGUUACCCUUCACUGCCUUGGAAUAUCCACUAUGCUUCCAAGUACCCAUCUCCUACAUUUAUUCCCUCUUUUUCCCCAAUGUCUCUCUUUCACUUCAGCCCUUGGAUCAGCAUUCACAUUGUGUUGAAUGCUCCCUUGGGAGCACACUAAUUUCUAAGAUGAAACCCCACUGGGGGUAUCUGUGUCUCUGGCCAUUAAUGUGUUGGGUGGUCAGUGGGGACAGCACGAUCACACCGCGCCUGAAACUGUCUUAUCAAGAUCUGGUAACUCGCGAUGGACUUGUGACUUUCACAGUAGAGCGUUCUUGCUGUUUUCAUGCACUCUUACUGGAUGAGGAACGCAGUCGUCUUUUUGUUGGGGGGAAAAAUUAUCUAUUGUCUCUAAGCCUUGACAACAUCUCCAAAAAUAAUUUGACAAUUCAUUGGCCUGCACUCGUGGAUUGGAGGGAAGAGUGUAACUGGGCUGGAAAAGACAUAAAUACUGACUGUAUGAACUAUGUCAAAAUCCUGCAGCCAUAUAAUCGCACCCACCUGUACACAUGCGGCACAGGAGCUUUCCACCCAAUAUGUGGAUUCCUUCACGUGGGACAGCGCUCAGAUGAUUCAAUAUUUAAAUUGGAUACCAGACGAAUAGAAGAUGGGAAGGGACGCUGCCCUUACGACCCUAAACACGCAGCAGCCUCAGUGCUUGUGGGAGAGGAGUUAUACUCAGGCGUUGCUACUGACCUCAUGGGCCGGGAUUUUACCAUUUUCCGAAGCCUGGGAAGACGACCCUCCCUGCGUACAGAGCAGCAUGACUCUCGCUGGCUAAAUGAGCCUAAAUUUGUGAAAGUUUUCUGGAUACCCGAGAGUGAAAAUCCUGAUGAUGAUAAAAUCUACUUCUUCUUUCGGGAGACACCAGUAGAGGGUCUGGGAGGAAUAAAGCAGUCAUAUGCCCGAAUUGGGCAAAUAUGCAGGAAUGACAUGGGCGGUCAGCGGAGCUUGGUGAACAAGUGGACAACAUUUUUGAAGGCACGACUUGUAUGCAGCGUGCCAGGGAAUGAAGCAGGAGGCGACACAUAUUUUGAUGAGCUGAAGGAUGUAUUUUUGUUGCAGACUAGGGACAGGAGGAAUCCACUCAUAUAUGCGCUGUUCUCCACAUCCAGCUCAGUGUUUCGAGGCUCAGCAGUCUGUGUCUACACAAUGAAUGAUGUACGAAGAUCAUUUUUGGGACCUUUUGCUCACAAGGAGGGACCCGGCUACCAGUGGGUGUCUUACUCAGGACGAGUACCCUAUCCUCGUCCAGGGAUGUGCCCUAGUAAGACAUACGGCAAUUUUGAAUCAACCAGGAAUUUCCCAGAUGAUGUCCUCCAGUUUGCUCGAAAUCACCCUCUGAUGCACUCUCCAGUGGUUCCUGGGUCGGGACGGCCUGUCUUUUUGCGCAGCCAUAGUGAGGUCGCUUUCACUAAACUCACAGUCGAUAGAGUAACAGCUACGGAUGGAGAGUACGACGUUAUGUUCAUGGGAACUGAUAAGGGAUCUGUGCUGAAAGUGAUCUCCGUUCCCAAACAGAGUUGGAACCACGUGGAGGUAGUGGUCCUGGAAGAGCUGCAAGUCUUCAAGGACUUGUCUCCUAUAACCAGCAUGCAGAUUUCAUCAAAACGGCAACAACUAUAUGUUGGUUCUGAGAGUGGUAUCUCCCAGGUGCCUUUGCACCGCUGUGCUAUGUAUGGUAAAGCCUGUGCAGAAUGCUGUCUGGCCAGGGAUCCUUACUGCGCAUGGGAUGGAGUCAGCUGUACCCGCUAUCUGCCAAACACAAAGAGGAGAUCUCGGCGCCAGGAUGUCAGGAAUGGGGAUCCUAACACCCUAUGUUCAGGAGAGCAGCAGAGGUUCAGCGUGCAAGAGAAACGGCUUUUUGGGGUUGAAGGAAGCAGUGUGUUCCUUGAGUGCCAACCCAAAUCCCUGAGGGCUCAGGUGACCUGGACACAUCAAAAGGGACCAGACACCCCCAGAAAGGAGGUGCAGUUUGAUGACAGAGUUAUCCAGAUAGAUCGUGGAAUUCUCCUGCGUAGCGUCUUGCGUAGAGAUGGUGGAACCUUCAUAUGCCACUCUUCAGAACAUGGAUUCACUCAGACUCUGCUACGUCUCCAUCUAGAGAUCAUCCCCACCUCUCGUGCCGAGGAAUCAUCAGGGACUCAUCGUCACCAUCCGCAUCGCUGGUAUCAAGACUUCAUGCGCCUUGUUCAACAACCAGGCUCUGCAGAACAGAUGUGCGAGGAGCUAUGGAUACGCAAGGGUCGAGCCUUACACCCACCAGGUCCUCAAGGGUCCCCACAGCUUACAGGCUUACAGGAAUCCAGCAUUCGACCUCUCCCGCCUCUCAGUGUUAAGGCCAAAGCCCAAAAAUGGAAGCACCUAGAGGACAAGAAAAAGGUGCGCAGUCGCCGAACUCACGACGCUCAGAGGGCAGAUCGGGGCCCACGGAGUGCCCCAAGUUAGGAUCCCCAUAUACCUGAAACUUUUUAAACUGUACAGUGUGAGGGGACAGUUAAGGUCUAUCCACUAAAAAGGGUCUGUUUACUAUUUAUCCUGACAGAUACUGGGGGCUCUGAACACACAGGGCACAAAGGAAAUUGAAUGUUUGCAAUUCACUGAUCCAUUAACAUUUUCUGCCAAAAAUCACUAAUGGAGUAUGGCUUGGUUAUCGCCGUACUGAAGAGAACUGCAAUAGAAAUAAGCAAAAACUCUAUGCUGUACAGUGCCACUUCCCCUUCCACCACUUGACUGAAAAGACUUUAUAUUUAUACAUUUCUCCUUUUUACACUCCUUAAAACAAAUUCAAACCUCCAAGGAUCCGCUUCCCACAGACCAACGAUUCGGUUUAUGAAAGUAUGUCGGGAGACAAACUGGGCAAGAUACAAAGUGGCAAACCUAUGACACUGGAGGGCAUCUCUGGACUAUCUCCAAAGAACUGAAGAGUGUGUAGGGCAAUGAAAUAUGACCCAAGGUCCCAGAUUAACACAAGACACUGUAUUUAAUAGGACAUUCUGAAAGUCAAACACACGGUAUCUGAUAAUUGAAGGCUAACCUACUAGUCAGUUCACCUAACUUUAACUGGGCACUGUAAGCUAGGAAAGCUUUCUUUUCCUGUCUUGAGAACCCAUAAUGAACAGGAAUUAUGCACCUUAUUCAUAGAGUUUGCAACAUGAUCAUGUAUAGUGAUAUGUGUACAGAGUGCUCUUUAUUUCUGCACAUGCAUACCUCUUAUUAUAUGCAUAAAUAUUUAUUCACAAAGAUAUGUAUGUUUGGGUAUAGACAGACAGACAAAUACAUUUCUAUACAAGUGUGGAAUGUUCGACUAAUCCACUCAGCUAUGACAAAUAAGAAUAUCUAGCAGAUGAAAACAAAAUUGUAUUUUUGCAUGUACAUCAAAUUGACUCCCCUCCUUCUAUGUAUAUAUACUCUCGCUCUCUAACACACACACACACAUUCCCACCAAGUACCUUAAAUACAUAAUUUGGCUUUCACAUGUCAGUCUACCCACCAAACAGUUUAGCAAUGGCCAAAAGGUAGUCCAAAGUUGCCAAGGCAUCAUGGCUGUUGCAAUUCUUCUACAGCAGGGGUAGACAACCUUCGGCAUCACAGAUGUUUUAUACUACAUAUCCCAUGAUGCUUUUCCAGCAUCACAGCUGUUGGCAGCAUUAUGGGAGAUGCAGCCCACAACAUCAGGAAUGCCAAAGGUUGCCUACCCUUGUUCUACAGCAUGUGUCUUCCUUUUGGUGACCCCCUACUCUAGUGGAGGAGCAGGAAAAAAAUGGACCUAAGAGUUUGUCACCAGCACCUGCCAGGUUAACCAGACUAAUCAGACUCCCAUGAACGAAUUGUCCGUCAGCACAGACAGACAUUAUUUCCGUUAGUGUAAAUAUUGUUUAAGUGUAAAUUAACCCUUUUAUUUGCUGCUAGAUAUUUCUGUGAUAGGCUUAGCCUCUCGCUUGUUCUGUCUUCUUAACUUUGGUGGGGGAAGAAUUUGACAAGGCAGAACUGUAUGGGGAAAAACUGGAAACCUUAAAACCAUAUGUUCUAUUAAAUUAACACAAGUAAAGC